GCACCGGGUUUAAACCCGGUGCUUUGGUAAAAACCCAAUAAACACCCAUAAACUCCCAUAAUCACCCAAAAAAAUAGGUUUUUACGUAUUUUUUUGAAAAUAUGUAAGUAAUACCAAUAAAUUAUUUUUAUAAAUUGUAUUGAUCAAUUCUACAAUAUUAAAUAAAACGUUAACUAAUAAUAUUUCAGGAAAUUUUAAAAAUCUAUAUAUAAUAAAAUGAAAGUAAUUAAUUUUCAGUGUUUUCAUGUUGCAGUUGAUCAACAUGUUGGCCUUUUGCUUCCUGUAGAUACUUUAAAAUUUCUUCAUAACACCUCGUUCGCACACAUGUCGCCGUAUAUAUUUAAAUUCUUGAGCCACUAACAGUCCGAAAUACUCAUUUCUUUUAUCCUCUUCUCCAUAAAUUAAGCAUUUAGAACAGUUUGUUUCUUCUUUCAGUAAAUUUUCUUUUACUUUAUCCUCGUUGUUUUUCUUUGUUGCGACGACGCUGGGUAAAUCAUCUGGACACUGGGUCUCACUAUCGCCAAAUAUAUUUGGAGAUCGGCUUCGGCUACGGCUUGGCAGACAUUUUUUUCUUUCUACAAUUUUAAAUUAAAUUUAUUAGAAUAAAUGCUUCGAACACACGCGAUCUAAGUACCUUUUGUGUUUAUUAUACCUUACCUACCUAGGUAUAAAAAGAGUACUUACGUAGAUUUUCUUUUAUUAACUGUUUUAUACGAAGAUCUUGAUCUCUCAAAUUAGCAUCCAUUUUACUUCCAGUGAUUAUCAACUAAAUUAAUAAUCCACAAAGUAUUAAAUAACGUUUUUAUGAAAUAUUUAGCACAAAAACAAUACCCUUUAAAUAUCGAUCGUCAGUAACUGUGGCUGACUUACCUAUAUUCUAGCAAGCAGGACUGCCAGAUGUGAAGGGGAAAUCCCCAAUAAAUUGUUGCAUGUGACUGAUGAUGUGAGCAUGUUCGUUUCAUAAUAAAAAUGUUGCCAGGUAACCAAAAAGUCGUAUGUUUUUGUGCGAAUUACGAUCAUAAUCUUUACGAUCGUACAUUAAAAAAUAGACAAAUAAUAGUAUGAGUACGAUUUAAAUCGUAUAUCUGUCAACCCUGCUAGCAAGACAGCGACAAAAUCACGUUGCAUAACAAUGUAGCCCAAGCUUAUAUCUUAUGAAAUAUACGGAAGAGAUACGGACUUAGAAAAAACAGAAAUGUUGUUCUUUGUGGAAGUCAUUGAUGAAAUUCUAUGUAUUUUAGCCCGCAAACUUUCUUCAAACAAAAACAGCGCCAUCUAGUAUCGAGUUCUGUAAUUAUCUCUUUGUUUAUGGAUUUGAAGUAAGACCGCCACGCAUGCAAUACAUUAUGACUGGGGAUUCCCCUAUUCGUCGACGCUGAAUAUGAGGCGACGACAAUCACUGUCAAACGUGUUCACUAUUACUCUGACUCUGGUAACGUGACUUCCUGGUAACGUGUUAGGUAGGAAAAGCAGUAAAAAAGUGCAUAUUAAGGGAGCAGAUUUGAAAUAAUAUUUAUACUUAACAAGAAAUAAUUAAAGGUUCAAUGGGGAGACCUAAAGAUUUACGCAUAUGGGAGCACUACCGUACUUUACCAAACAAGUCUGUUUCUUGCAAGCUUUGUAAUAAGGUCUACAAAUUCAGUAAUGCUGCCAAAAUGCUUCAACAUCUUAUCACUUGUCCAAAAUCUCCAGAAACAUUAAAAGACUCUAUGAAACUUAUAAAAGAUAGCUCGUCCAAAACCAAAAUGUCUGGACUGUCAGAGAUAGAGACAAAUGAUUCUUUUAUAAGCCCCUCGUCGUCUGCUAACACUACAAUAAAUGCUGAGUUUCAAGACACCGAUGAUCAUAUAAAAACAGAAUUAGCGAGAGCUAUAUUUGUAACAGGGACGCCAUUAUCGAUGGUGCAACAUCCUUUAUGAAUACAAUUUUUCGAAAAAUUGCAACCAAAAUUUAAAAUACCUUCACGUAAAGCUUUAGCGACAAAAUACUUAGAUAAAAUAUAUAGAGAAAUGCGUUUUGAGUUAAAUGAGGAACUAAAUGCUUGUAGUUACUUACACCUUCAGUGCGAUGGCUGGUCUAAUUUAAGAAAUGAAGGAAUAAUAAACUUUCUUAUAUCAAAACCUCAAUCUGCAUACGUUAAAAGUUUGAAUACAGAAAGUAAUCCUCACACUAGUGAAUACCUUAGCCAAGAAGUUGAAAAAGUAAUGAAAGUGUAUGGAGCAAAUAAGUUUCUUGUACUUAUUGGCGAUAACGCUAGAAAUAUACAAAAGGCAUUCGAAUUAACAAAACUCAAAUAUCCACAUGUUGUUCCUCUCGGUUGCUGUGCACAUAUCCUUAACUUGUUGUGCCAAGAUAUUGUAAAGAUACAAGAAGUAACUGUGUUUAUUAUGCAAGCCAUAAAUAUAAUAAAAACUGUUAAAAGGAGUCAACGAUUAAGUUCCUUGUUGAUAAAAUCAAGGCAGGGUGAAGAUUCUACACAAACACUAAAAUUGCCUUGUGCUACAAGAUGGGGAAGUCAUGUUACUUCGUUAAAAAGUUUGAAAGCAAAUAAGAUAGCUUUGCAAAUAUUAACAGUUAGAGAAGAUGUGGUAAUUUCAAGAGAUAUUAAAGAUUUAAUUCUAAGUGAUGAUUUCUGGACGAAGACAGGGGAAUGUAUAAGUAUUUUGGAACCAGUCACUGAAAGCAUAUUUUACUUAGAGAGCGACCAGAAUCGUUUGCAUCGCACAUACAUUACAUUUAGAGAUGUACAAGCUAAGAUACGUUUUGCAUUAAAUGAGAUUUCGACAUUGAGCGAAGAAAGCAAACAGCAGAUUCUAACAUCAGUAUCUUCAAGAUGCAAUAUGGCAAUGAGGCCAAUACAUUUUGCAGCAUAUAUUCUAGACCCCAGGACUCUAGGAGUCGAACUUACUCAAGAGGAAGAACUUAAGGGUAUGGAGUUUAUCUACAAUUUAAGCCAACACUUAAGUUUGUCAAAUGUAAUGGCAGAUUUGGCGUGUUAUAAAGCUAAAGAAAACUUUUGGGCCAGAGGAUUUGUAUGGAGCUCAUUAGAUAGCAUUGAGCCCCUAAUAUGGUGGAAAGGUAUUUGUGGUUCCACUGAGUUAAGCAAAGUAGCGAUUCGUAUUCUAUCAGCUCCCUGUACUUCGGCAGCCACUGAGCGUUCCUUUAGUAUCCAAGGCUACAUACAUAAUAACAAAAGAAAUCGACUUACAACUGAAAGAACUGAAAAAAUUUCAUUCAUUUGUUAUAACUGGAAUCUUAAACAUAAAGCUGAAUGCGAGGACAUUCAGUUUAAUGAAGAAAAUACCUUAGAAGCUUUCAUUGAGCAAGUAAAUGAACAUAACAGUUUAGACGAAAUAGAGCCUAUCGAACCUAUACAAUUCAUCGCUUGUAAUAACUCUGAAUCUGACAGUGAUUGACUGUAGUUUUACAUUUUACUUUCAUCUCUUUCUUAAUAAACUCAAAAUCAAAUUAAAAGUUUUUUAUUCUGUAGGCUGCAUAAUAAUAUUGUCUAUGUCCAGUAUAGUGGACGUCUUGCGGCUGAGAUGACGAUGAUGAAGUACAAAAUCAUAAACACCCAAAAAUUUGGGUGUUUAUGGGGUUUAAACCCAAUAAACCCAAAACACCCGGUUUUUACCCACCAGACUUUAAACCCACCCAGGUGGAUUGCCCAUCUCUAACUAAUAUUAUAAAUAUAGGGGAAAUUAAGAUUUUUUUUGGAAGGUGGUGAAAAAAUGACUAAAAUAAGUUAGAUGAAUGUAUUGUGAACAUUCAUACGAAAACACAGUUGAUUAGUCGACCACGAUAAACUAGGUAUAGGAGGCAAAAAUAGCAUUUCUAAUUGUAAACACACACGUACUGGUGACUAGCUUUUUGCUUGCAACGUCGUAGGCGUGGAUUUCAGAAAUAGGUAAAUCAAUGUAAUAUACCACUUCCACAUAGCGUGUUAAGAUGAAACAUAUACUAGAUUUUAAGUUAGACAUUCAGGUAACACAAUCAAAUUCAAUUUGGACAGUAGAUUUUCUUGAUGCCGGAAC